AUGAUCUAAACAAAUAUCAAUUAACAUGAUUUGAAUUAAAAUUCUGAUUCUGAAUAAUCAGACGAACAUCAUUUGAUUAUACUAAAAAUAAGGAAAACUGAAGAAUCUAAUUUUGAAUUGGAAGCCAAAAAAUAAAGCAAUCCAAAUUUAUUUUACAUAUCGUUGCUUAAAGGAUAAUUCCACUAUCUACAUGAUUUAUCAAUUGGAAUGCAGAUAGGUGUUAAAGGUAGAUUUGAUCGAGAGAACAAACUGACAAUUGAUAAUUCUGAAAGACUACUAAUUAUUGUUGACCCACACAAGUCUAUUGCGGUUACAAGUCUAGGCAAUUAUAUUUUUUGCCCAAGAAAAAAAUUGAUUUCAGAAGUUUUUAUAUCUCCUGUGUAGACAGAUAAAUAAAGGCAAAACUUUUCAUAAUAUAUUUGA